UGUGCGGCUGCCCGAACCAGGCACAUAUAAUACGACUUUUUUCGCCUUGUUGAGCAGAGGUGGACCCCCAGCACCCGUGUCAAAGCGAUCAUCCUCGUAGCGGGACAGGGAGAGGAGGGGGAGUCUACUAUCAUUUUCAGGCUUUGUAGUUGCAUUUGAUCGUUCCGCGUAGGGCGCACAAAGAGGAAGGAAUGGCAACUAAGAAACCAUGCGCAGAUUUAACGAAAAGGAGCCGAAGUCCCGUCGUGCUGGAAGCGGAGAUGUUCAGCGAAUUUCAGGACUGGUGCCUCCGGACUUACGGAGACUCGGGUAAAACAAAGACCGUCACGCGCCGAAAAUAUAACAAAAUCAUGCAGACCUUGCUGCAGAACGAGGAGUCGGACGGUGUCUAUGUCGACAACAGCCACAUCAACGCCAAAUUCAAAUUCUGGGUGAAGUCCAAAGGCUUUCAGGUCGGCAGCAACAUCUUGGGCGAGCACAACAAGAAAGAGUCAUCGGGGAAGCCCGUCCUGUACGUCCCUGUCAAGUCUACGUGUUCAGACGGAGGGACGGCCCAGGACAGCUCUUUGAAGAGGGUUGCUGUGGUGGAGGAUUUUUUUGAUAUCAUCUAUGCCAUGCACGUCGAGAUGGGGGCGGAUCCCGGUAGAGCACCCAAACACGCCGGACAGAAAAAGACCUAUAAGGCGAUCGCAGAAACCUACGCAUUUCUUCCACGUGAGGCGGUGACCCGUUUCUUGAUGAGCUGUGGAGAAUGCCAGAAAAGGAUGCACAUCAACCCCAGCACGGCAGAGUUCAAAGAGAAUGACCGGCCCACAUCUCUGGUCCCAGACCUCAUCGAUUACAACAUGCCUCUCACUGCCACCUAUCUGAAACAGAUGAAACUACAAUGCAUGAACACCAAUGAGCAGGAUGAGAGUUCGGUAAGCAGUGAGGAUUUGGACAUGGCUGAGCCGGCGUGGGUCUCUACUGAGCGCGCUCCAGCCGCAGAUCCCAGCAGUCCCGCCGCCCCGUACACAGAGAGGAUGCCGACACCCCCACAGCCCAACAUUAAAGAAGAAGAAGAUGAUUCCUCUUCGGAGAAUGGCAGCACGGCUAACGGUCUGCCUGCGUUGACUCCGCCUGGUGGUGCUGCUAUGGCGACCGGAGGAGUUCCUGCGUCGGAGGGGGUGGUCCCUUACGGAGAGGUGAACGGUAAUGGUGCAGCAGCGCCGCUGGACUUCAGCACUUCAUCCUCCUCUUCCUCCCAGGAGGGACAGCAGCCCGUCAACCUGAGCGACAGACUGUUGCCUGGCGUGACACUCGGAUCCUACGCAUCUGACCCGAACCGAAAAUUCCCUGUCAAAACCGAGUAUGGAAACAAGUCCCCUCAGUACAGCUCAGGAAGCUAUGACUCUGUGAAGACGGAACUGAGCACGUGCGGGGAGGACAUGACCCCUGGUCGCUCUCAGGUUAUAGAUGACGAUGACGACGAUCACGAUGACCACGACGACAGCGACAAGAUAAAUGAUGCCGAGGGUCUGGACCCUGAACGACUUAAAGCUUUUAACAUGUUUGUGCGGUUGUUUGUGGAUGAGAACUUGGACCGGAUGGUUCCAAUCUCAAAGCAGCCCAAAGAGAAAAUCCAGGCCAUCAUCGAGUCCUGCAGCCGCCAGUUCCCAGAGUUCCAAGAACGUUCUCGCAAACGUAUCCGAACCUACCUCAAAUCCUGUCGCCGCAUGAAGAAGGGUGGCUUCGAGUCGCGGCCCACACCUCCUCACCUCACCUCCGCCAUGGCUGAGAACAUCCUCGCAGCAGCUUGUGAGAGUGAAACGCGUAACGCUGCUAAGAGGAUGCGCCUUGACAUCUAUCAGGCCCAUGAUGAGUCGACUACAGCAGACAAGCCGAACUCCAGAGACCCGGCUGCUCUGGCUCACUCAGGCUUCACACUGGCUGCCUCGGCCUACUCCCAGGACCAACUCUACACCAAUGGUGGACUUAACUACAGUUUUCGUGGAUACGGGACACUUGGAAACAACCUCCAAAACAACGGCACGUCACAAACCAAUGGUCCUACUGAUCUCAGUAUGAAAUCUUUGGCAUCCAACAGCACUUCCUCCUCCAGUUCAAACAGUCAUGGUCAGGGUGGAGGUGGUGGAGGAGCGUCUGCUCAACUCAGCCCACCUGAGGUCACAGCCGUCCGGCAACUGAUUGCUGGAUACCGCGAGUCUGCUGCCUUCCUGCUCCGCUCCGCCGAUGAGCUGGAGAACCUCAUACUGCAGCAGAACUAAGCACUGCACACAGGCUGGUGCUGUCCGUCUCUCUCUCAUCAACACACACACACAGACGUAACGGCAUACUAGGACUGGAAAGAUACAUGUAGCUAUGUGCACUUACAUAAAUAUACACUUAAAGCCCGUAGGCAGAGUUUCAGCUCACUUGGGGAGCAAAAUGGUGGAUAAGGUUGUUCAAAAGCAUGCUUACAGACAGCCAUAUUGAUAUAAUAAUUUUAUUUACGGGCCAGGAAUUAGUAUUUGCAGCCAGAUGCAGAAAUAAAACUAUUUUAGGUGAAAUAGUGGCUAAUUUGUAUGA